AUGUAUAUCCUCAAUAUGAGCGAUAAUUACGAAAGGCAUGUUACGCCCAUGGGCUAUAAAUGGCGUUCCUCCAAAUGGUAUGUGCUCGCUACCAUUGCGAUCGCGCUGUAUGCUGAGACAUUUCUCUAUGGCUUUCUAGUGCCUUUCCUCGGCGACAUGCUUCAAUAUCGUCUCAAUAUCCCGCCCUCUGAAACACAAGAGUUGACAUCAUCCGUUCUUGCUAUCCACGGCGCAUUCUCCGUGAUAGCUGGCCCUAUCAUUGGGCACUUCAGCGAUCAGACUCCCAAUCAUAAGGUUCCAUUGCUAUUAUCUCUUGGCGUCUGCAUUGUCGGCACCUGUAUGGUUGCGGGCGCUCGUUCGGUCCCUAUACUAUUACUAGGCCGUGUGAUGCAAAGUAUCGCGGGAUCAGCAGUUUGGAUCAUCGGCUUCGCAACAGUCGCAGACACCAUAAGUCCGAAUUAUAUGGGUUCGGCGAUGGGACUAGUGAUGUCAUUUGCCAACUCAGGGACGAUUAGCGGACCCGCAAUCUCUGGCCUGCUGUACGAGGCUGUCAGUUACUGGGUCUUGUGGUCAGUUCCGUUACUGGUUCUAGUAAUAGACCUUGUCGCACGCGUUCUUAUGAUUGAGAGUCCGUCACAAACUUCGUCCUCUACGUCUAGCAGCCAUGCAUUAGAGAUACGUAGCCCGUUGUUAUUCCAGGGGAAUCAAGAAACUCCAUCCGGCAUCAGGAACUUCUGGCGCUCGCUGCUAUGCAACGGCCGUAUUCUAACAUGCUUGCUCAUUACAUUCUCGAGCAUGACUGUGAGUACGAGCCUUUAUGCGACGCUUCCUUCGCACAUUCAAGAGGAGUUUAAAUGGGGUCCAAGUUCUGCCGGACUCCUGUUUGCCGGUCUUGCUAUUCCAGGUAUUCUGGUCGGUCCCCUCGCUGGUUGGGUCCGUGAUAUGGUUGGGGCACGAUACCCAGCGGUAAUCGGUUCUAUCCUUCAGGCAUUAUUCCUAGGCCUGUCCGGAAUCGCAGGGAGUGAUAGCUUCUCCUGGUCCAGCGCUCAGACUGGGGGCAAAAGUAUCUACUCAACCUCUGUCAUUGCUAUCGGCAUACUGCGACCAUUCGUGUCAGGUAUCGCACCCGCCGAGUUGACCGCUGCUGCUAAAACAAUUCGGGAGAAGAACCCAAGCCCUUUUGGGGCUAAAGAUGGCGUAUCACGCGUAAUCGCCAUGAUGGACGUUGCUGCCUCGCUUGGCGAGAUGAUUGGUCCAAUCGUAGGCGGUUCGCUUAACGCGCUACUCGGUUACGAGUAUAUGAGCUUGACGUGGAGUAAGUAA